AUGGAAACGACUACGUCGAUUUACGAGCAGGCAAACUAUUUCUUUCCGGAUUCAGAUGACUCUUCGAAGUUGUUUUUGAGAGAUGUUCUCAAAGUUUUCGAAUUUGCUUCUCAUCCAACUAUCCGUAUUCAGUUUUACAUUGCCAUCCUCGGCUUGAUUGUCACAUUCUUCCAUUUGAUAAUUUUAACAAGAAAAUCAAUGAUAACAACAUCAGUUAUAUCAAUUAUGAUUGGAGUUGGAACAUGUGAUCUCUUGGCAAUGAUUGCAACAAUUAUCUACAGUUGGAUUAUUUAUAACGAGGACGACACUGAUCCAUGUGUUCACCCACUCCCUCUCACCCAAAUGUACGUUUACUGGGUCUUCAUAAACCUACGAGAACUGGUCCGUCGCUCUUCCACGUGGCUCGGUGUAGUCAUGGCUCUUAUCAGAUAUAUCAAUUUGAAAAGCGACAAAACAACAGGUCUCGUAAUCUUCAUGACAUUCUCCUUCUUCAUUGUCGAACUCCCGAUUGGAAUAGUUGUUGUUCUUCAAGUCGCUUACACAGAACUCGGAUACUUGUAA